AUGUCCAUUAAACGGGCUCUCUCCAAACUCACACCGAGACUCGGUGAACAAGAUGACUCUGGUCUUUCUAAGAACUCCCAAGGCUCCCCCCGGCGCAGUAUCCUCAGUGGCUUCUUGCGCGAUCGUGACUAUGUCUCAUCGUCUGAAGAUGUCUCGGAUGAUUCCUCCACAGGAGCCAUGAGCAAGAACCAACAGAAACGUCUGGCGCGUCAGCAACGGCGUCAAGAACGCUCACGGCUGAGUGAGGACCGCCAGUCGGGGGAAUCGGAGCGCCAUAAGGAGGAGAUCACCGAGGCUGCCCGAAACGAGACGCCCGAGAUGAAGGCGCGCUAUGGCGAUCUGCCCCUCAUCCAGUCCCGCACUCGCUCGCAGGAGCACCGGACCAGAUUCGAGGACAUCUCCGCUGACCUGGUGGGGAAGCAGAUCCUCUUUACGGCCCGGUUGCACAUCGUGCGUCGCAUGAGUGCCAAGCUGGUCUUCUUGGUCUUCCGCCAACAGCUGUCCACCUUCCAGGGUGUCUUGCAUGAGGAACCGGGCGUCAAAUCCAUCGCCAUGGUCCAAUGGGCCGAGCACCUGCGCCUGGGGAACAUCGUGCAGGUACGCGGCACCAUCCAUGCCCCCGAGGUGCCCGUGCUCGGCUGCACCAUCCACGAUGUCGAGAUCGCCGUCAACGCCAUUCACGUUGUCGUGCGCCGCGAGGAGCCCGUUCCCUUCAGCGUGUACGAGGCUGAGAUCCGCACGCCUGAGGAGGACCGUGUCGAGGGCCGUCGCAGUCACAUCCCCGACCGGACGCGAUUGACCAACCGUCUGUUGGACUUGCGCACCCCCACCUCGCAAUCGAUUUUCCGCAUCCAAUCCGGCAUUGGAAAUCUGUUCCGAUAUGCUCUGGAUGAGCGUGGAUUUAUCGAGAUCCACUCCCCCAAGUUGCAGGGGUCGGCCACCGAAUCCGGCGCCAGCGUGUUCGAGGUCAACUACUUCGCACGAUCGGCGUUCCUGGCCCAAAGUCCCCAACUGGCCAAGCAGAUGGCGAUUGCCGCCGACUUUGGUCGAGUCUAUGAGAUCGGGGCCGUGUUCCGCGCGGAAAAUUCCAACACGCAUCGUCACCUGACCGAGUAUACGGGCCUGGAUAUUGAGAUGGCGAUCGACGAGCAUUACCACGAGAUGCUAGAUGUGCUGGAUGCCGUGAUCAAGGGCAUAUUGGAAGGGAUCUAUCGCCGCUACCGGCGCGAGGUCGAGAUCGUGAAGCAGCAGUUCCCGUCGGAGGAUGUGAUUUGGCUGGAGACAACGCCCAUCGUGCGCUUCUCCGAUGGUAUCAAGAUGCUCAACGACUCGGGAUGGCGCGAUGAGGAUGGUAACCCUUUGCCCGAGGACGAGGACCUGCACACGCGCGACGAGAUUCGUCUGGGAGAGCUGGUGAAGGAGAAGUAUGGCACCGAUUAUUACAUCCUCGAUAAGUUCCCGGUCGGCGCCCGUCCGUUCUAUACGAUGCCCGACCCGGACGACAGCCGCUUCACGAACUCGUUUGAUAUCUUCAUCCGCGGCCAGGAGAUCGUGUCGGGAGGCCAGCGAAUUCACGACCCCCACAUGUUGGAGGAGAAUAUGCGCCGCGCGGGCAUCGAUCCGGAAAGCAUGGAGGAGUAUAUGGAAGGCUUCCGUUGGGGUGCACCCCCUCAUGCGGGCGCCGGCGUUGGUCUUGAGCGUCUGUUGAUGCUUUUGCUGAAGCUGGGCAACAUCCGGCUGGCAUCCCUCCUCUAUCGCGACCCCAAGAGCUUCCCCGCGAAGCCCGCAGACGUGCAGCUCCGCCACCCCGAAUCUUCGACGAUCGACCCACCUUGGGUCCGUGAGAAGGUCGGCAACCUGGCCCCGAACGACGAGGCGUUCCAACCCCUUGAGCAUCUCAUCGCCAACUAUGGCGAUGCGACCUCCACCUCGUUCGGGGAUGAACGGUUCAAGAUCUGGCGCGACCGGGGCACCGGCGCGGCGAUUUCUUACGUGCCUAGCAGCAACAGCCAUGUGAUCAUCCCCGGUAAUCCUCUGUGUGACCCCCGCCAAUACACGCGCGUCAUCACCCAGUUCCUACAGUGGUUACGUCGCGAGACCAAGUACAAACCCAUCUGGAUGCUCUGUUCGCUCGACGUGGAGAAGAUUCUGGGUGAAAAGCUCGGCUGGCGCAGUCUGUCCUGCAUUGCCGAGGAACGAGUGGAUCCGUCGCGCAAUCAGGCAGCGUCUGAUGGGGAGAUUGCGCGUAAGAUUCGGCACGCGGAGAGCACCGGAGUAAAACUUGUGGCCCUGAACCAGGGGGAGAUGGUAUCAGACGAGGUGCGCCAGAAGAUUGACAAGCGCAUCCGCGACUGGCUGGACAACCGCAAGGGCACCCAGGUGCACCUGUCCGAGAUCCACCCCUGGUACGACCAUGCCCACCGCUGGUACUUCUAUGCUGUGGAUAAGUCAGGCACCAUCUGCGCCUUUGUCGCCUUGGCCAUGCUGUCGCCCGCCCAAGGUAUGCAGGUGAAGUACAGCCUCGAUUUCCCUGGCUCCCCGAACGGUGUCAUUGAGUAUAUCGUGACCCACGCCAUCCAAACGGCAGCCCGGUCCGGAGUCAAGUCUCUCACGUUCGGUGCGGGAGCUACUACCUCUAUGACUCCGGGGCACAACAUGCAGGGCGCCAAAGUAAAGAUGUUGCAGCAUACGUACGAGACCUUGGCCAAGCAGUUCCAUCUAGUGCGCAAGAGCGAGUUCCGUGCAAAGCUGGGUGCGCGGGAAGAACCCCUCUAUAUUGCCUAUCCUCCCAAAGGGCUGGGCUCGAAGGGGAUCCGAGCCGUUCUUCACUUCUUCGAAGACUGA